AUGAGCACAACAAGCGAGCAUGGCAACAAGGGAAUCUCCUCAGUAAUGAGCACAUCAAGCGAGGAUGGCAACAAAGGAGUUUCCUCAGGAAUUAGCACUACAAGCCAGCAUGGCAACAAGGGAUUCUCCUCAGUAAUGAGCACAUCAAGCGAGGAUGGCAACAAAGGAGUUUCCUCAGGAAUUAGCACUAUAAGCCAGCAUGGUAACAAGGGAGUCACCUCAGUAAUGAGCACAUCAAGCGAGCAUGGCAACAAGGGAUUCUCCUCAGUAAUGAGCACAUCAAGCGAGGAUGGCAACAAGGGAGUUUCCUCAGGAAUUAGCACAACAAGCGAGCAUGGCAACAAGGGAUUUUCCUCAGUAAUGAUCACAUCAAGCGAGGAUGGCAACAAGGGAUUCUCCUCAGUAAUGAUCACAUCAAGCGAGGAUGGCAACAAGGGAUUCUCCUCAGUAAUGAGCACAUCAAGCGAGCAUGGCAACAAGGGAGUCUCCUCAGUAAUGAGCACAUCAAGCGAGCAUGACAACAAGGGAGUCUCCUCAGGAAUGAGCACAUCAAGCGAUCAUGGCAACAAUGGAGUUAGGAAUGACCCGAAAUUUAACUUUUAA